CCCGCGGGGCGCUGGAGCGCCCACUGCCCGCCCGCCGCCUGUGGCAGCGGCUAUGCGCUGCGGCCCCCGCGAGAGCUGCCCGCGGCGUGCGCGGGCCCGACCUGCACGGAGGCGGAGUGUUGCCAGCUGGUGCCGGAGGCCUCCUCGCUGGCGCCGCCGGAGGCCCCGGCGGUGCCGCGGGCCAAGUGCCGCGGGUUCGAGCAGCAGUGGCACGAUUGCGGGGAGCUGCCCGAGUGCCACCCGUGCGUGCCACAGGACUGCGCUCUCGGCCCCUGGGGCGAGUGGGCGCCAGUCGGCGGCUGCUCCGGGCUGUGCAGCCGCUCCCGCGGCGUGGCGGUGGCGGCGAACGCGUGCGGCAGCCCGUGCAGCGGGCCCACGGAG